CUCUCAAUUCCACUUCACGCCAUUUCCAUUUCUUUUUCUUUGUCUUUCUCCAUCGCUUUCUCUCUCCUAGGGUUAGGGUUUUGCGAAUAAGCUUCUUCGUGUGUUCUGUUUUACUCUCUGAUUCAUCAAUGGCGCAACAGGAGGUUCAGAAUGGUGGAGCUGAGAAGGCAGCGGUAGAUGCGGUGUCGUUCACCGCCGUGAAGCCGCAGCUCCUGGUGGAGGCGCCGAAGGCAAACGAUGCCGUCCAGUUCUACAAGGCUGCAUUCGGCGCCGAGGAGGUUGGCCGUACAACGCAUCCGAAACGCAAGGCUGAGCAAGAGCUCCCUCUCAUACUCUCUGCGGAGCUCAAGCUCGCCGGCUUCACCAUCCUCGUCUCUGACCUCACCGCCGACGACUCUGCUACUCCGACGAAGAGUGUUGGAAAUGGCGUCGUUUUUUGCCUGGAGACGGACGACGUGGAAGCUGCGAUUAACAAGGCGGUGAACGCCGGAGCUGUUGCGGAAGGCGAGGUCGUGGUGGGUGAGGGCGCGGGUUGCGGUGAGCGCGUGGGAAAGGUGAAGGACCCGUACGGCUUUGUGUGGGCCAUAUGCUCGCCAGAAAAGAAGUGCUCCAACGCUGAGGCUGAAGCCUGAGAUGAGAAUGGCUGUUGGGGCACUGAUUUUAACUGCUUCUGAUUUGAGUCCGUUUCUAGCCGUUAGGGUUAGCCGUUAGACCCCUCUCUCUAGGUUCCUUGGUGGUAGUAUUAAUAUUUUGAAUAGUCUUUGGACCAACGAACGUCAUGAAUUAUUAUUGUGGACAUUUUGGAAUACUCUUUAACUGACACUUGGCAGUUAAUGAAGAAGACUAAAUUUUCUCGUACUAAUGGUUUGAAACUUCUUAUUAAUAUAUAUUAUCAUCUGUGUCUUGUCUC